AUGCCGCCGAAGAAAGGACAGAGGAAAGGGGGAACGGCAACAGCUGCAUCUGCGACGACACAAGAUCAGCCUGAGCCUGCACCGCAACAACAGCGAACUUUGCAAACACGGAGUGAGAAGGCCGGCUUGCAGUUCCCUGUCGGCCGUAUCCAUCGGUAUCUUAAACAGCGCACACAGCACAACGUUCGUAUAGGGGCAAAGGCGGCUGUAUAUACGUCUGCAAUCCUUGAGUACUUGACUGCAGAAGUCUUGGAGUUAGCUGGGAAUGCCUCAAAAGAUCUCCGUGUGAAGCGCAUUACACCUCGGCACUUGCAGCUAGCCAUUCGUGGCGAUGAGGAACUCGAUAUCCUUGUCCGCGCCACGAUAGCGGGUGGAGGCAAGUCUUCCAGUGUCCUACCUUUUAUUCACAAGAGCCUUACUGCCGCCAAAGGCCCGAAAAAGGCCGACGCCGUUCCAUAA